ACGGACUCAGCACACCACAUCUGAAGUCGGCGCGGAGCGAAGCGUCCUGCGGUAGCUGCCGAGGACAAACCGAGCCCUGUGGGGCUGCGCUUUGGCGAGCAGCUCCGGGCGCGAUCAUAAUUGUGAAUAUAUUUGGGGAUCCUACAAUUAAGAAAAAUGAAUUAAACUGGAGAGGACCAUCUUAAAAAUAAACCCAAGACAAUCCUACAGGUUACCAGAAUGACAGGAUAGAAAGAUGAUAAAAAUGAAUGUGGAAAAAGUAGAAGAGAAGGUCUUGCAGACACCUUUAAUCAUCAGGGACGAAAAUGGCAACAGGUGUGUUAGUAACACCAUUGGGUCACCCUCUUUGAAUGGAAGCACUGUUAGUCAUCCUCACCAAGGAGUAGAACAUGAAGGCUGUAAAAUAUUUAAAGAUACGGGUGGGCUCAAAAACACUGCUUCAGGUCAGUGCGCUGAAGAGCAAGACUUGCAAAAAGCUGCCAGUGAUUAUAUUUGCAUGGGGACUUCAGACCUGAAAGCCAUGCAGGACUCUUCAAAGGAACAUUUUUACAUGUAUGCCUUGAAUCAGACUUUCCUGGAGCCAGAGAGCUGUGGCAAAGAAAGCCUUGCAAGAAAAAUCUUUCAGAAUUACGGUACUGGGGAAUCUAUGCCUUACGGCCAGGCAGAUCUCAUGAAUUUAAUGCCCCUUGCCUCCCAGGAAAGAAGCGCUAUUGAAAUCCAAUAUGCAUUAGGCAGUGCCCAUAUGGAUCAGGAAGAUGCUAGUACAAAUGAAUCUUUAAUUACAAUGAUAAAUUUGGGGGAUACAAUAACUAAGUGUUAUGAGGUGGCAUGUGUUCCUGUCUCUUCUGGGGAAAUGGGUGAAACUUUCACCUGUGGAUACCACACUGGCUCUCCUAACCUAGAAGCUUUUGUCAGUUCAAAGGUACCAGAUAUAUAUCUGGAUAAGGGUGGUCAGCCUAUUCCCCCUUCACUGGCAGGAGAUGAGCUCACCAAUUAUAUUGAUUUAGUUUCGCAGAAUAACGUGCAGCCUGUAAAGCAAGGACAGCAGGAUGCUGGUUCUUGCAGUAAGCGCUUACCGGAACCAGAACAGUUCAAUAUGUGCAAAGACAAACAUAAGAAACAUAUGCAUAGCACUCCUGAACAAGAUGAAAAUAAAUGGCCAGCUGGGGCUAGGGUAGAAGACGACAUAAAUGGUCUUUGCCCUUUAGCCAUGGAAAGCUUUGAUGAGAAUUCCGAACAGGAAUUUCAUGACAAUGAAGUAAUCUUGACCAAAGUACAGAAUCUUUCCAAAGGAGAUGAGGCCUUGCUGAAGGGACCUGAUGAAAUGUCUGAGCAAAUACAAAACGAUAUACCAAAGCUGGAAAGAGCUGCUCUGUCUGAGCACAACUACCAAGGAACCUUUGUUAUUUAUAGCUCCCCGGCGGAUGAACAUACCUUGACUUCUCCUCCCACUGCAGGGUUGAAAAAUGCAACUUUUGCUGUAUUUUCCAUGCCAGAUGCUGCUGCUGAUGGAUCUAAACCUGGAAAGAAUGCUCCCUUGGUAAAAGACCACCCCAGGAGCCCUUCACUUAAAAGUAAUUCUGAACGAAUUGUAGUUAAAUCAACAAAGAGAUCUCCUCUUACAGCUACUAUAACCAAAGCUAGGAAAGCAGAAAUAGUGAGCUUUCCAAAACCAAACUUUAAAAACAUUAAGCCAAAAGUUGUGUCCAGGCCUGUGUCACAAUCUAAGGACAGUGCUGCUCUAAAAGCAACUCCAAGAUCUCCUCAGCUAUCUACUGCUUCCUCCUCUUCAUUGUCUUCCUCACCAAAGCAACCCUCAUCUUUCUUUGCAGCACUGAGGAAAAAAACUGACUUGGAUAAAGGCACCAAAGCAGAAACACCAGUGAAUAAGACGCAUAAGCAACAUUUUAAUAAACACCUUCCUAGCCAAGGUGUGCAUGCUCCAACUCAUUCUGAAAGUGUUUCUCAAAAGGUUCCAAAAUCGGUGUCGAAGCAGAAUGUGGAUCAGGUUGACAGAGCAAAGCAUCUUAGCCCAGCAUGCUUCCCUGUGGCUGUAAUGUGCGCUCAGAACAAUGGUGGUCCACCAAGUGACAGAAUGGAUAGUGCAGAAACUUGGAUUCAGCCUUGGGCUGGGAGUAGCUGCCAGAGAGCUCAAGAAAAUAAGCAUUCUAAUGACUAUACAAGGAUUCCAACCGAGACAUCUACCCAGGAGGUAACAAACAAUGCCCAUGGACUAGAGCAGCUUUCUUUGGUUUCUUUGUCUAAAGCAGAGACAGCACAAGGGCAAAGUUUUCCCAAAGGCAGUCCUGUUGCUGUAAGGAGUGUACCACCAUCUAAAAUUGCAUUCCAUUCUAGGAGAGGAAGUGGGAGUAAAAAUACUCAUGCGACUAAACUUUCAUCUACUCAAAGACUAAUUUUAUCAUCAGACUCUGCAGGAGUAGGAACUCUUUCUCCCAAGGGAAGGCUUACUUCUGUGAAGGCCUUAUCAGGAUCUUCAGCUAGUUCUGGUCUCAGUUCAAAAGUGCCCAUUAGAGGACCAGGACUUCGGAGAGCUUCUAGCAUCUCUUCAGUCAGCAGCACUCAGAGUGACCAAAGCACUGGCAGCAAUAAUUCUACAAGUGCUACCAUUAUCAAGAAUGGAGAAUGGGCUUCCAAAUCUGCAUGUCAGAAUGGUACAGCUGGAUCCAUCUCUCUAAAGCCAGUGCCCAGGCCACGAGUCCUUUCAUUGAAAAGUACACCCAAAGGAGCAAAAAGUAAAUUAGGCUUAGUGAACCAAUGUAUGCCCAAGUCUGCUGGAGCUCUACUUUCAGGGAAGAAAGCGAGUGACCUAAGAGGGAGUCAACGAUUAGGGCCUUCAGCACAAAAUGGACCCAGACAUUUAUUGUCAGCAUUCAGCUCUGUUGGCCAGGGUAAGCAGAAGAGUCCUAAGAACUCAUGUCCGCAAACCCGAACUUCUAAGGACGUGCAUGCAGCAGAAACAAAAACACAUGAGUUGACGCAAUACAAAAGAAAAUGCGAAAACCAAAGUGGAAUUAUCCAGCAGCUGAAGAAGUGUUUGGCAAACAGCAAUCGGAAAUUGGAAGCGUUAGCUCUUGUGAUCCAGCACUUUCAGUUUGAGAGAGAGGAAGUGCUUUCCCAGCGUAAAGAGUUAUCACUAGAACUUCUCAACCUGCGUGGAGAGCUGGUAACUACUACUGCUGCCUGUGAGAAAUUGGAGAAAGACCGAACUGAAUUACAAGCAGCUUAUGAAGGGUUUGUGCAGAAGCUGAACCAACAGCACCAAAGUGAUGUAUUGGAACUGGAAGAGCGGCUGAAACAGUUCUACACAGCUGAGUGCGAAAAACUUCAGAGCAUCUGCAUUGAAGAAGCUGAAAAAUAUAAAGCGCAACUUCAGGAGCAGGUUGACAACUUGAAUAUAACACAUGAAAAUUUUAAGCUAGAACUUGAAACCAGUCAUACAGAAAAGAUAGAGGAGUUGAAGAAGGAAUAUGAAUCUUCCUGUUCAGAACUCAAGGCUACCCAUGAAUCAGAAAGAAAGUCACUUGAAGAAUCUUUCCAUGAGAAACAAGAAGAACUGGAGAAAAAAAUAGCUGAUUUACAAAGUGAAAACAAUUGCUUGAAUGAAAAGCUCAAGUUGGAAGAACAAAAACGAAUAGCCAAAGAAAAAACGAACUCUAAAAACCCUCAGAUUAUGUAUCUGGAACAAGAAUUGGAAAGUUUGAAAGCAGUAUUGGAGAUCAAGAAUGAGAAACUGCAUCAGCAAGAUAUCAGACUGUUGAAGAUGGAAAAACUGGUGGAGAGCAACACUUCCCUGGUAGAGAAAAUGAGAAAACUGCAACAGGAGAAUGAAGAAUUAAAAGCUCGGAUGGACAAACACAUGGAGCUUUCCAGGCAACUUUCCACUGAGCAAGCAGUUUUACAAGAAUCUUUGGAGAAAGAAUCCAAGGUAAAUAAACGCCUAUCAAUGGAGAAUGAAGAACUUUUGUGGAAGCUACACAACGGGGACCUGUGCAGUCCCAGAAAACUCUCCCCUGGUACUCCACCAAUGCCUUUCCAGUCACCAAGAAAUUCCAGCUCCUUCUCCAGCCCCACCGUGUCACCCAGAUGACACCACCGUGAAGAGACACUCUCCCUUCAAGCAUUUCCUUCACACACUGCAGAACUGAAAACAUGGACUGAGGGAGCAAAAAGCUAUGUAAGUUCACUGUGUCUGAAAUAUAACUGGAAAGUACUGCAUUGAGAAAUAUCUAUAACAUGUUCAAGGCUCAGGAGCAGGAAACCAAACUGUGCUCCUCCUCCUUAAACAAAAAAGGACUUCAGGAAUAACUUCUCCAAAUGUCGUUGCACAAAGCACUUAAAGAGCAAGAAAUGUCUUGUUCACUUUUGCCUUUUUCACCUAACUCUAGGGGAAAAAAAUGCUCAGGGGCUUAUAAAUAAAAGAUCGCAACCUUUAAUAUGUUCCUCAUGAUAGAUAUGUUCUUGAGACUCCGGGUGUGCAUAAAUGACUUAGAUGUAGCAUACCACCUUUGCCAUGUAUGUGAUAAAGGACAAACACAGAAGAAAAUAGGCUCAUGUACUUCAUGAAUAAAGUAUCCUCAUUAUGCAUGUUUUAUCAAAGAUUUUUCCCUUUCCUGGGACUAAAGAAAAACUGCCACGUGUACUAUAUGUUCUCCAUUAUCUCUGUACUUCAGUGAAGUAAAUGAUUGAAAGGAGAUGCUAUUUCUGUUUGGUUUUAUCAUUGUCUGUCUGUUUCAUUGUGGAAUGUAAUGAGUCUGAUCAUCUCCUAUCCAUGCAUAAUUACAUCAUCCAAAAUAUUAUUUUUCAUCCUUUCCCACAUAUGUGUCAGAAUUAAAUUGUUUUCCCCUAGCUAUAUAAUUUAGCUCUUUAAAAACACACACACACACACACAUCAGGAUGAUAGAAAAUUCAAACACAGUCCUUUUCAGUAUCAGUAGCUGCAGAAGGCAGCUACAGGCUCUUAUCUAACUUAAGAUAGCAGGGCUUCAGAGCACAGGGGAAAAAAUGCAGAUGUGCUUAUUUUAAUAGUAAGAGGUUAUAGAAAUGUACCAAUUACUUUUCUCCAUGUUGCUUUGCCACAAACAUCCUGAACUGAUAAUUUAUCUAUGUGCACUUUAAUCAGUAAAUGCUAUGAGGAGGAAUCUAUUCGCUACAUUCAUCAGUAACGGAUUUAUUAACUUUUUCCAGUUGGCUGCAGAAUUCAGUACUCUCAAUUUCAUUUGAUAGGCUUUUUUAUUUUUCUGAAUUAAAGAAAAUCCGAUCGUUUCGUAAUAGAAAGAUGCUUAUCUCUUGGGUAGCAUUUAAUUCUGCAUUACAGAUUUAAAAACAGCAUAGUGCAUGUCUGCUCUUGUUAAUGACCUAUUCAGUUUUUAUUUUUUUGAGAUUUAAAAUGUCUUGUAUGUACAAAUGAGCUCUAAUACAGUUAAAAGUUGUCUCUGCUUUCUGAUAUAGAUGGGACUGCUAAGUGCUAUGGUUCGGCUGUUAUCAUCAUUAAUACAACCCAACAAUGCACUGGUAUCUGUUUGUUAUUGAGUGAUUAAUGGGUUAGUCAGAGGUUGGCAAUGAUCUUUCAGAUGUUUCCUUUGUCCCCUUCAUAAAGUAAAAGAAGGGGGUCUUGGAAUAAUCUUCUAUAAACAUGAAAAGCAAAAUGUCAAAUAUUUGUCUAGAGGGCAAAAAGGUUGUAUUGAAAGGAGCAAGGUUUUAGUUAUUUUGUAAUUAUGGAAGCAUAUUAUACUUGGUAAUACAAAAAAUUCAAGGAUAAAAUAUUUUAAUUCUGCAUUGUAUAUGGAAUAUUUUACUUGCCCAAACCUAUUUAAGGAAUAAUACAUGCCGUUGUAGCUAGAGACGCCAGCACUUCUAAAUAAACUGUUGUCCAGAGAUUGAUUUGUAUAACCAUGAACAUUUGCUGUAGGCUGAAAUUUGGCUUAGAAAUAUGUCUUGAAGCAAUCUAUUUCUUUCGUAAGGUCAUAUUUGAUCACAUGUAUUGAGUGUUGAAAAUUAAAAUAAAUUUUUUUUACUGGUUUAA